UACGUCACACUCCCUCGCAGAUCGGACGCAACAGAGCUUUCCAGAAAAUACUUCUGAGCUGAACCGUCGAGUCGAGGGCGUCGGAGAAAGUUUAGCUCGCAUUUUCUCUCUUUCAACAGGACCAAAGUGUAUAUUUUCCUUCCAUUUAGUGUGUUGUUGUUGCGUGGACUUCCCACGGAAAGAGAAGGAGGAGAGAGGGCUAGAAGAUGACGACUAGGACUAUUGAUUACAGUGUGUGGGACCACAUCGAAGUAUCGGAUGAUGAGGAUGAGACUCACCCCAAUAUCGACACCCCGAGCCUUUUCCGAUGGAGGCAUCAGGCGCGUGUGGAGAAACAGGUGGCCUUCGAGGAGAAAGGAGAGGAGCUGGAGAGGAACAUGGCGGAGUGUAAGAGACGUCUGGAGGAGGUGCAGUACAGAGUGAAGGAGUUAGAGGAGGGAGGACAGAAGGAAGGAGCGGAGGAGGAGAGGAAGACAGAGCUGAGCAAGGCCCAGACAGAGGAGAAGAAAUACAAAAAGGAUCAACGCUUGUGGGAGAAGAAGAUGGAGGAACAUCGGAGAGAGGAGAAAAAGAUGCCUUGGAACGUUGACACGCUCAGCAAAGAGGGAUUCAGCAAGAGUGUGUUGAACAUCAAGCCGGAACCGACAGAAGAGACGGAGGAACAGAAGGAAGAGAAACACCAGACCUUUGUGGAGAAACACGAGAAACAGAUCAAACACUUUGGGAUGCUGCGGCGUUGGGAGGACAGUCAGAAGUACCUGUCUGACCACCCUUACCUGGUGUGUGAAGAGACGGCUAACUACCUGGUCAUCAUGUGUAUAGACCUGGAGGUGGAGGAGAAACAUGGUUUGAUGGAUCAGGUAGCUCACCAGACCAUAGUGAUGCAGUUUAUCUUGGAGCUGGCUAAGAGUCUGAAGAUCGACCCUCGAGGAUGCUUCAGACAGUUCUUCCAAAAGAUCAAGACAGCGGACCAGCCCUACCAGGAGGCCUUUACUGAUGAGCUGGAGUCAUUUAAGGAGAGAGUUCGAGGCAGAGCUAAGAUCAGGAUACAAAAGGCUAUGGAGGAGUAUGAGGAGGAGGAGAGACAGAACCGACUAGGACCUGGUGGACUGGACCCUGUGGAAGUCUACCAGACUCUGCCAGAGGAAAUGAAGAAGUGUUUUGAUGAUAAAGACAUCUCAAUGCUGCAGGAAGCUAUCAGCAAGAUGGACCCCAUGGAGGCAAAGGUCCACAUGAAGAGGUGCAUUGACUCGGGACUCUGGGUUCCCAACGCCAAUACCGACAACGAAGAUGCAGAGAAUGAGGAAGAGGAAAAGGAGGACAAAGAAGAUGAGGAAGAGCCAGAGAAGGAGGAGAAAUGACUGUCAUAAAUUGAACUUACCCUUCCCUUAGACUUUUGACCUUUUCAGACCUAGCUACUCCCUUUACUAGCAUUAGCUUGUCCUAUUGAAAACAUACUGUGAAGAUGCUAACUUCCCUAGCGUUAAAUGGACUAGUAUCGCUAGCAUUAGCCUGACCCAUUGAAAACCUGCUCCGGGCCAGUAUUUACAAAGCGUCUCAGAGUGGGACUGCUGAUCUUGGAUCUGUUUUGCUUUCUUCUAAUCAUCAUGAACAAAAUCAUAUGUACAAGGGGACCUCAUCCUAGAUCAUCACUCCUAUUCUGAGACGCUUUUUGAAUAUGUGCCUGGGGUGAAGUUUCCCCUAGGUAUCAGCUUCCCCUCCCACAAUCCUGACGUUAACCAUUUGGGGGGAAAUGCUAAACUUCAUCCAAACGUCACCCUGCUGUCUCUUCUACCCAUAGUCCCAUCUUUAUAUUUACCCCCCCCCACCUCACUUCUGGUUUAAUAGCACAUCAUCUGUUUUGAUUUUGUUAUUGAUCAUUUUUGGUUUUGGUUUUGUAUUAUAGAUGUAGUUCCACCCUUUCUAGUCACCUAGAACUCAGACCAGUCUUCUGAACUGUUACCUAGAACAUAGAACUGCUACCCAACAGAAACCCAUUCAGAACUGCUCAACCCUGGUUUUAAACCCUCCACCUAAUCCUACCUCCAUCCCCUUUGAACCAAACUCUCUCGCUCUGUCAGGCCUCUCUUUGUCUCUCAGCAUGGGUCAAACCACUUUAAACCAGAUGAAACCAGUUCAAACCGGCGCAAUCCUGAUCACAGCUCCUCGCUGCAGCUGGGACAGACCGGGUGUGGUCUGUCAGUUGACUCCGCCCCUUUCCUUAUUACAGUUGUCUAUUGCUUAGUAAAGUUGACAUGCAAAAACAA